AUGCCUUGUGAAAUGAUAACUUUGCAACUUGGCCAAUGCGGUAAUCAAACUGGUUAUCAUCAAGGAGAGAAACUUCAAGAAGAAAUUUUUGAUAUUUUGGAUAGAGAGGCAGAUGGAAGUGAUAGUUUAGAGGGAUUUGUUUUGUGCCAUUCCAUUGCAGGUGGUACAGGUUCAGGAAUGGGUUCAUUUAUGCUUGAAUCUCUUGCAGAUAGGUUCCCAAAAAAAUUGAUUGAAACAUAUAGCGUUUUCCCAAAUCAAGAUGAAAUAAGUGAUGUUGUAGUACAGCCAUACAACUCUUUAUUAACUUUAAAAAGAUUAACACAAUGUGCUGAUUGUGUUGUUGUUUUAGACAAUACAGCACUUAAUAGAAUAGCAUCAGAUAGACUUCACAUUCAAAAUCCUAGUUUUACACAAAUUAAUAAGCUUGUUUCCACAAUAAUGUCUGUUAGUACCACCACACUUCGGUACCCUUCUUAUAUGAACAAUGAUCUAGUUGGUUUAAUUGCCCCAUUAAUUCCAACACCACGUUUACAUUUCCUUAUGACUGGUUAUACUCCUCUCACUACAGAUCAAGAAGGAGCUUCUGUAAGAAAAACUUCUGUAUUAGAUGUAAUGCGACGUUUACUGCAACCAAAAAAUAUGAUGGUUUCUACAGCAUUGGAUAGAAAUGCAUCUCAUUGCUAUAUAUCUAUUUUAAAUAUCAUUCAAGGUGAAGUAGACCCAACCCAAGUUCACAAAUCUUUACAAAGAAUUAGAGAAAGAAAACUUGCGCAAUUUAUACCUUGGGGUCCCGCCAGCAUACAAGUAGCUCUUUCAAGAAAAUCACCCUACAUUCAAAGUACGCAUCGAGUAUCUGGUUUAAUGUUAGCUAAUCACACUAAUAUAUCAUCGUUAUUUGACCGUGCCUUACAACAAUAUGAUAAAUUACGAAAACGUGAAGCAUUUUUAGAGCAGUUCCGCAAAGAAAAAAUGUUCGAAGAUAAUUUGGACGAGUUAGAUAACUCUAGAGAAGUUGUUGAAUAUUUGGUAAAAGAAUAUCAGGCUGCUACACGGGUCGAUUAUUUAUCUUGGAAUCCUAACAAAGCAGAAACAUAAAAUAUUCAACAUUUUGAAUAAGAUCAUUCUGUAUACAAAUAAGAAUAAGAUCUGAUCGUUGUUUGUUAGUUUUAUUCUGCUUUCAUUAUCGCAAACAGAAACUGUAUUGUGCAAA